AUGUCGGCGAAAAACCAACUUGCAUUUGUUGGUCUGGGAAAACACGAGAACAAUACACCGUUAGCCAAAACUGCGCUUCUUGAUGUUGGUGCUAUUCUAGUGCAUUCUGUGGCCGAAAUUUUAGAAAGAGAUGACAAAAAAGCUGCUUCAUUUAAACUCAAUAGUAGCUUUUUUAUCGCUGGAAUUAUUGAGUUAUUAUCCGAAGGUUUGAUCCUUGCCGAAAAACAGGCCUAG